GCACCGGCGCCUUCCGGGGCGGAGCUGGGGCGGGCCGCGACCGAGCCCAGCCGAGCCCAGCGGGCUUCAGCGGCAAAAUGAUGGCGCAGAGAGCACUUCCGAACCCCUACGCGGACUACGACAAGUCCUUGGCCACCAGCUACUUCGAUGCGGCCGGGCGGCUGACCCCCGAGUUCACACAGCGGCUGAAUAACAAAAUCAGGGAGCUGCUGCAGCAGAUGGAGAGGGGCCUCAAGUCGGCCGACCCGCAUGACUGCACCGCGUACACUGGCUGGACAGGCAUUGCUUUGCUGUAUUUGCACCUGUAUGAUGUCUAUGGAGACCCAGCCUACCUUGAGGUGGCCCAUGAUUACGUGAAGAAGAGCCUGAGAUGCAUGACCAAGCGAUCCAUCACUUUCUUGUGUGGUGAUGCCGGGCCCCUGGCAGUGGCUGCUGUCAUCUACCACAAGCUGCAGAACCAGAAGCAGGCAGAGGACUGCAUCAUCCGGUUGCUCCACCUGCACAAGACUGACCCACGAGUGCCAGAUGAGCUCCUCUAUGGGCGCAUGGGCUACCUCUCUGCACUGCUGUUUGUCAACAAGCACUUUGGAGAGGAAAAGAUCCCUCAGAGUCAUAUUCAGCAGGUCUGUGAAGCAGUUGUAGCCUCAGGUGAGACAUUAUCCAAAAGGAGGAACUUCACAGCAAAAAGCCCACUGAUGUAUGAGUGGUACCAGGAGUACUAUGUGGGAGCAGCCCAUGGUUUGGCUGGGAUUUACUACUAUCUCAUGCAGCCUGGCUUUGGAGUGAGCCAAGUAAAGCUGCACAACACAGUCAAGCCCAGUGUGGACUAUGUGUGCCAGCUCAAGUUCCUCUCCGGGAAUUACCCUCCUUGUAUCGGUGACACCAGAGACCUGCUCGUCCACUGGUGCCAUGGAGCACCAGGUGUAAUCUACAUGCUUAUCCAGGCAUACAAGGUCUUUGGGGAGCAGCAGUACCUGAAUGAUGCCCUGCAGUGUGCAGAAGUGAUCUGGCAGUAUGGGUUACUGAAAAAAGGCUAUGGGUUGUGCCAUGGCACAGCUGGCAACGCUUAUGCCUUCCUGGCACUGUACAACCUCACUCAGAACAUGAAAUACCUCUACAGGGCCUGCAAGUUUGCAGAGUGGUGUUUAAGCUAUGGGCAGCAUGGGUGCCGGACUCCAGACACACCAUUCUCUCUCUUUGAAGGAAUGGCUGGAACAAUUUACUUUCUUGCUGACCUGCUGGUGCCUACCAAGGCCAGGUUCCCUGCAUUUGAACUCUGAACCUGAAUCCUGCUUGGCAGUUUGCUGCCUGUAUCCUUCUGCACUUGGAAACGCAGUUCAAGGCUGCUUUCUCCUUUUUCCAGGCUCAUCAUUGUUCACCUAACUGAAUGUAAAUCCAUCCUCCUGAGUUCUCUAACGUUUCUAGUUGUCUCAUUACAUUGUUUAGUUUAAAAGACAGAAUGCAGAUUUUGCUGUUGUCCCUUAAAAACUCAGGGCUGCAGGUGGGAGCAGGGAGAACUGUACAGUGUUUUGUUGGCUACAGAGUUUUGCUAUUUCCUGUAUCCCAUUUCCUGGGAAGAAGUUUUUUAUUGAAUGUGACCUGGGCUAUUUAACUUCUUUUUGUGCUAACAAACAGAAUUGUUGCAGGAAUUUAGCUGCCUUUGGAGAACAGGUGAUGGAAAGCUGAGACUGUUGCCUUGGAAGUUGUUUUCAAGUGUUUUCUUUCUGAGCACCCAGAGAGCAGAUGGUUCAGUAUCUGGGCCACGUGAAGCGAAUGUGAUGGACUGUGGAGUCUGAGAUACAUUUGUAAUAUCUUACUGCAGCUGGCAAAGCUGGAACUGACAUGCCAAAGGCUUGUCCUGAGUUUGCACCUAUCUGCCCUAAAGGCAAAAGCUAUGUAUAGCUCUUCUGUGCUUUUGUUCAAGUGACAGACAAGGAGUCCACUGCCAUCUUAUAUUAAACCUUGCUCGUCCAUUGGUCAUCCAGUGGCAACCUCCAGUCCAAAAGUGAGCUAAGCAUGCUUGCUUUUGUGGUGUCUUGUUAGCUUUGAGAGCUUAUUUUGCAGUCUUUAUUUAAAUUUAUGUAUUAGGUGGUGCCAGGUGCCCACCAGCAGCAACAAGGGAAAAGAAAUGUAUGCCACUGAGUUCUGAGAUUAUUUAACCUAUUAGCUGUACAGAUGUUAUUUACAUGUUUUCUUUUAUAAGCUUUCCCAAACCUGGA